CAUCAAUUUCACCUUCCCGCUAAAGCAAAUACUAUUUUUUGUUAAUUCAAGUACUUAUUGUAUCCUCGCUAGUAAAAACAAUUUAAAUCUUAAUGUUGUCCGAAUUUAAUACCUAAUUAAAUAUUUAAAUUAAUGUGUUUUAAAGAUUUCAAUUUACAAAAUAAUUUUUUAAAGUGACAGUUGACACGUCAAUUUGACAGAAGGCAGUAAAUUUGUCUAGACUGCCGUGAAAUUACAUGUGGUGUAGAACCGUUUUGUGAAGCCGGUUAAUUUUCUAGAACAAAUAAAUACAAUUCUUGGCUUUUAGAAGACGUAAAAUAGUUUCAAAAUGCAUCAGGAGGCCAUACAACUCAUCCAGGUGCUAGAAAAAACAGUUUCACCGGACAAAAAUGAACUGGAACAAGCGUCGUCGUUUUUGGAACAAGCUGCAGUGACCAACCUACUAGAAUUCAUCAAAACUCUAUCAGAUAUAUUAAGACAUGGCGGAAAUAGCCCUGUCGCCCGAAUGGCUGCAGGUUUGCAGUUAAAAAAUCAACUCACCUCUAAAGACUCCAACAUAAAAACCACUUACCAGCAGCGGUGGUUAGCUUUCCCAGAGGAUGUUAGGGGGUAUAUUAAAAAUAACGUUGUGUGCGCACUUGGAACCGAAACAAGCAGACCUUCCUCCGCCGCUCAGUGCGUAGCAUACGUCGCAGUAACAGAACUACCACAAGGGCAAUGGCCAGAUCUCAUAGCAACUUUGGUCAACAAUGUAUGCCACGCAAAUUCCACAGAAAUGCAAAAGGAAGCCACAUUAGAAGCUAUCGGUUAUAUAUGCCAAGAAAUCGACUCAGACGUUUUAGUAUCUCAAUCAAACGACAUCUUAACAGCCAUAGUUCAUGGAAUGAGAGCAUCGGAACCGAGCAAUCACGUACGUUUAGCAGCUACACAGGCCCUACUAAACUCUCUAGAAUUCACAAAGGCCAACUUUGACCAACCGACUGAACGGAACUAUAUCAUGGAAGUCGUUUGUGAAGCUACGCAGUCUCCAGAUUCACAGAUCAGAGUAGCCGCUUUGCAGUGUCUAGUUAAGAUUAUGUCUUUGUAUUAUCAGCACAUGGAACCGUAUAUGGCUCCUGCUCUAUUCCCUAUCACUCUCGAAGCCAUGAAGUCUGAAAACGAUGCCGUGGCUCUACAGGGUAUCGAAUUCUGGUCUAACGUUAGCGAUGAAGAGGUUGAUUUGGCCAUCGAAGAUACGGAAGCCACAGAAGCAGGUCGACCACCUACAAGAUGUUCACGGCACUACGCCAAAGGUGCAUUACAGUAUAUAGUACCGAUUCUGCUGCAAAAAUUAACGAAGCAAGAAGAGCUGGACGACGAAGACGAUUGGAACCCUUGCAAAGCAGCCGGCGUUUGCUUAAUGCUCCUCGCGACGUGUUGCGAAGACGAAAUCGUUCCGCACGUUCUGCCAUUCAUCAAAGAAAAUAUUAAGUCUGAUAAUUGGCGUUUCCGGGAUGCUUCGUUGAUGGCUUUCGGAUCUAUUUUGGGCGGCUUGGAGAGCACUACGUUGAGACCGCUUGUUGAACAGGCGAUGCCAACCUUGAUAGAUCUGAUGUAUGACAAUAGCGUUAUCGUAAGAGACACAGCAGCUUGGAACUUCGGCAGAAUUUGCGAAAUCAUUCCGGAAGCAGCCAUCAACGAAACCUUCCUCAAACCGCUAUUGGAAAGCUUGAUCACAGGCCUCAAGGCUGAGCCUCGAGUUGCCGCCAACGUGUGCUGGGCAUUCUCUGGAUUGGUAGAGGCAGCUUACGAAAAUGCCGAUGUUAAUGAAGAAACCGGUACUCCAGAUACUUACGUCUUGUCACAAUACUUCGAGUUCAUUAUACAAAGACUGCUUGAAACAACGGACCGACCCGAUGGCGCCCAACACAAUUUACGACCUGCCGCUUAUGAAGCUCUCAUGGAAAUGGUGAAAAACUCACCGAAAGAUUGCUACGUCACCGUGCAAAAGACUACAAUGGUUAUUUUGGACAGAUUACAUCAGGUCUUACAGAUGGAAACUCACAUAAGCAGCCACAACGAUAGGUCGCAGUUCAACGAUCUCCAGAGUCUUUUGUGCGCCACCCUUCAGUCCGUACUCAGAAAAGUUACUCCGGAAGACGCGCCGCACAUCUCAGACGCCAUUAUGACCGCCAUGUUGACCAUGUUCAAUUCCAAUUCGUGUAAGAGUGGAGGUGUUCAAGAAGAUGCUAUUAUGGCCGUCUCGACGCUGGUGGAAGUCCUGGGAGAAAACUUCAUAAAAUACAUGGACGCCUUCAAACCCUUCCUCUACCUCGGAUUGAAGAACCACCAAGAAUACCAAGUGUGCGUUACAGCAGUAGGCUUAACCGGCGAUAUCUUCAGAGCCCUCAAACUGAAAGCGCUACCGUACUGUGAUGAAAUAAUGACCCUAUUACUAGAAGAUCUCCGCGACCAGUCGGUUCAUCGUAGCGUAAAGCCAGAAAUUUUGGGCGUAUUCGGAGACAUCGGUCUUAGUAUCGGCUCCGAAUUCAAGAAGUACCUCGACGUGGUUCUGUCCACUUUGGCUCAGGCUUCGCAGGCCCAAGUCGAUCGCAACGACUUCGAUAUGAUCGACUAUCUCAACGAGCUAAGAGAGGGAGUUUUAGAAGCUUAUACCGGCAUCUUACAAGGGCUUAAAGGCGACGGGCCCACUCCACAUCCUGACGUUUUGAUACUUGAACCCCACAUUCCAUUUAUUGUUCAAUUUAUUACUGUCGUAGCACAAGAUACGGAACAUUCUGAUAGUAUUAUAGCUGCCGCAGCUGGUAUUGUAGGUGAUAUGUGUAAUGUUUUCGGAGCUCCAAUGGUUCAAUUCUUAGAUCUGGAUCCUAUUAAUGAAAUGUUAGCACAAGGUAGACGUAGUCGAGUAAAUAGGACUAAGACUUUGGCCACUUGGGCCGUUAAAGAAUUAAAGAAGCUGAAGGCCGUAAACACUGCGGCUGCUGCUAGCUGGCAAUUUUUGGUCAUCAGCAAGCACCAAAACAGAAGGGUGAAGGUCAAUGUCGACGGAACAGAUCUGGAAAGAGUAACAAGAACAACGUGUAUGGGAAGUAAUCUUGAUGAAACUUGGGACCACUCACUAGAGAUAAGAAUACGCCUGGAAAAGGCACGUACAAUGUUUUACAAAAAUGCAAAAAGUUCUAUGCAACCGCCAGCUGGGCAUCUCAUUGAGAACUAG